CAUCGUACCACUAUGAGGGUGUUAAUGAUUAAUGUCUUUGUUCUUUCCUACUCCUUAAAAACAAGAUUUUGUACGGGCAAGAAACCACUGGUUCUUCCGAAACCCCCAAAUUCCAUUCAGAAUUAGGGCAAGAAACUCCGAAAGAACAGAAAAGAAAGGCUUCUUCUGGUGGGCAUAAAUCACACGCGCAGAGAGCGAUGGUGUGCAUCCGCAAGGCGACGAUCGACGAUCUGCUGGCGAUGCAGGCGUGCAACCUGAUGUGCUUGCCGGAGAACUACCAGAUGAAGUACUACUUCUACCACAUCCUCUCCUGGCCGCAGCUGCUCUAUGUGGCGGAGGACUACAACGGCAAAAUCGUCGGCUACGUCCUCGCCAAGAUGGACGAGGAGACCAACGAGUGCCACGGCCACAUCACCUCCCUCGCCGUCCUUCGCACCCACCGCAAACUUGGCAUUGCCACCAAGCUCAUGACUGCUGCCCAGAACGCUAUGGAACAGGUUUUUGGAGCAGAAUAUGUGUCAUUGCAUGUCAGGAAAGGUAACAGGGCAGCAUUCAAGCUGUACACGGAGACAUUAGGGUACCAAAUUCAUGAUGUAGAAGCAAAGUACUAUGCAGAUGGCGAAGAUGCUUAUGAUAUGAGGAAACUAUUGAAAGGUAAGAAGCAUCAGCAUCAACACCACCACCACCACACCGGAGGCGGGUGUUGCUCCAGGGAAGUGAAAGCAGAUGGAAAGGAUGGCGCGACAGAAGGGAAGGCACAUUGAUACUGCUAGACAAUCGCGCAUACCAUUGUUUGCAUCCCUUGCCCUUUCUCGUUUCUUUAUUCAAAACCCACUCUUGCACGUUUAUGUUCUUUCCUUUAUGUCCAUCAUGUUAUCUCAUCAAUAUCACAUUAUAUCUUGAAGUCGGUUGGAUGAUCAUCUUUUCUUUUCUUGGGGGUGUGGAUUUGUCACGGAAUGAUAAAAUGGUGUUGAAAUCUGGGUAUUGCUUACCCGUAUAGCAGGUAAUGUGGAUUAAAAUAUUACAAGUUUCUCUUAGGCUCAUAUGAAUUUUUAGUCUUUUAUGUUACAUUGAUACCCAAAUU